GUCAGUACCAACCUCCGAGCAGCAGACACACCAACAUAGACCCUGACCGACACCAGCUCCGCCCGCAGCAGGAUGCCCGGGGGAAAGAGAGGGCUGGUGGCACCGCAGAACACUUUUCUGGAGAACAUCGUCCGGCGAUCAAGUGAGACCAGCUUCCUCCUGGGAAACGCCCAGAUCGUGGAGUGGCCUGUAGUUUACAGCAAUGACGGAUUCUGCAAGCUGUCUGGCUUCCACAGGGCUGAGGUCAUGCAGAAGAGCAGCACAUGCAGUUUUAUGUACGGAGAGCUGACGGACAAGAAGUCCAUCGACAAAGUCAGACAGACGUUCGACAACUAUGAGUCCAACUGCUUCGAAAUCCUGCUGUACAGAAAGAACAGAAGUCCAGUGUGGUUCUACAUGCAAGUGGCUCCCAUCAGGAACGAGAACGACAAAGUGGUUCUGUUCCUCUGCACCUUUAAGGACAUCACUCUCUUCAAGCAGCCUAUUGAAGACGAAACCACUAAAGGAUGGACCAAGUUUGCGCGGCUGACUCGGGCGCUCACCAACAACCGCAACUCGCUGCCCAAGCUGGCUCCCAUAGACAAACAUGAAGUCAGCCACAAACAGUCCAGACUGGCAGAGGUCUUGCAGCUAAACUCCGACAUCCUCCCGCAGUACAAGCAGGAAGCCCCCAAGACGCCUCCGCACAUCAUCCUCCACUACUGCACCUUCAAGACCACCUGGGACUGGGUCAUCCUCAUCCUCACCUUUUACACGGCCAUCAUGGUGCCCUACAACGUCUCGUUCAAGACCAAGCAGAACAACAUCGUGUGGCUGGUGCUGGACAGCGUGGUGGACGUCAUCUUCCUGGUGGACAUCGUCCUCAACUUCCACACCACCUUCGUGGGGCCCGGCGGCGAGGUCAUCUCCGACCCCAAGCUCAUCCGCAUGAACUACCUGAAGACCUGGUUUGUCAUCGACCUGCUGUCCUGCCUGCCGUACGACAUCAUCAACGCCUUCGAGAACGUGGAUGAGGGCAUCAGCAGUCUGUUCAGCUCCCUGAAGGUGGUCCGCCUACUGCGUCUGGGCCGGGUGGCCCGGAAACUGGACCACUACCUGGAGUACGGCGCUGCCGUCCUGGUCCUGCUGGUGUGCGUGUUCGGACUGGUGGCUCACUGGCUUGCCUGCAUCUGGUACAGCAUCGGAGACUACGAGGUCAUCGACGAGGCCACCAACACCAUCAAGAUGGACAGCUGGCUCUACCAGCUGGCUCUCAGCAUCGGAUCACCUUACCGCUACAACGCCAGCGGUUCCGGCCAAUGGGAGGGCGGCCCCGGCAAGGACUCUCUGUACAUCACCUCGCUGUAUUUCACCAUGACCAGCCUGACGACCAUCGGGUUCGGCAACAUCGCGCCCACCACCGACGGGGAGAAGAUCUUCUCCGUGGCCAUGAUGAUGGUGGGAUCUCUGCUCUACGCCACCAUCUUUGGAAAUGUGACCACCAUCUUUCAGCAGAUGUACGCCAACACCAACCGCUACCACGAGAUGCUCAACAACGUCAGGGACUUCCUAAAGCUCUACCAGGUUCCCAAAGGGCUGAGUGAGCGGGUGAUGGACUACAUCGUCUCCACCUGGUCCAUGUCCAAAGGCAUCGACACAGAGAAGGUCUUAUCCAUCUGUCCCAAGGACAUGCGGGCCGACAUAUGUGUCCACCUCAACAGGAAGGUGUUCAACGAACAUCCAGCGUUCCGGUUAGCCAGCGACGGCUGCCUGCGCUCCCUUGCGGUGGAGUUUCAGACCACCCACUGCGCCCCCGGAGACCUGAUCUUCCACGCCGGAGAGAGCGUGGACACGCUGUGCUUCGUUGUGUCAGGGUCACUGGAGGUCAUACAGGACGACGAGGUUAUCGCCAUCUUAGGUAAAGGCGACGUGUUUGGAGACGUCUUCUGGAAGGAAACCACCCUGGCUCACGCGUGCGCUAACGUCCGAGCGCUAACGUACUGCGACCUCCACGUCAUCAAGAGGGAAGCCUUGCUCAAGGUGCUGGAGUUUUACACGGCCUUCGCCAACUCCUUCUCCCGCAACCUCAUCCUCACCUGCAACCUGCGCAAGCGGAUAAUCUUCCGCAAGAUCAGUGAAGUGAAGAAGGAGGAAGAGGAGAGGCAGCGAGCAAAGAAUGAGGUGCAGCUCACCAUCCCGCAGGACCAUCCCGUCCGGAAGCUUUUCCAGAAGUUCAAGCAGCAGAAGGAGCUCCGCAACCAGGGAGCAGCGGCCGGCUCGCAGCUGGACGUGGAGAAGAACCAGCUGCAGGUGGAGCAGCACCACCACCAGCACCUGCACCCCCACAGCUUGCAGCUGGGCCACUCCAGCCUGCAGCACUCCCUGCCCCUCAGCCUGCAUCGCGCCCCCUCCUCAUUGCAGAACGGGGCUCCGCCCAGCAGCAGCGUUCUGACCGUGUCUCAGGUGACGCCCAUGCACAGCUCGCUGGCGUACAGCCAUCCUGGCGAGCCUCCCGCCAAACAGAACAACUGUGAUAUCAUGGAGUUGCAGCCCAGUUCUGCUGGAGGUGGAGGUGAGCAGACUGUCAGGCUCAAAGUCAGCACCAGCCCUGCGCAGGCGAAGCCGGCCGUCAAAGCCAGCGGCUGGAUGCGCCUGAAAAACAACACGGCUCCAGUGGAGGCCAGGAAGGAGGGGCUUAACAACAACGUCAAGGCUGUUUCCGUGGAGAUGCUCUCUCAGGAGGGUAAAGGUCAGGAAGCAGGAGGAGGUGGAGACAUAGAGGAGGGCGGGGUGUCCAGCAACAAUCCGCUCCGCAAGACGGACUCCUGCGACAGCGGCAUCACCAAGAGUGAGCUGCGGAUCGACCGGGCGGGGGAGGCUCGGACCCCCGCUGCGGUCACCCCCGUCCUCCACAGCCCCGUCCCCGGAGGAGCGGGGUCCCCUCACCCUUUCUGCCCCAUCCCAGAGCAGGCCCUGCAGGCCGCGCUGCACGAGACCCGGCUGGAGCUCCGGGAGGACAUACAGACUCUGGGAGGCCGUCUGGGCGCCCUGGAGAUUCAGGUAGCUGAAAUUAUCAAACUGCUCUCGGACAAGAAGCGGCCGUCCACGGGGGCGCUGUCCGCCUCCACCACACCCAAAACCAAAAUACAACGUCAGGACAUUUUCACCGUUUCUAGGCCUGUUUCUCCAGACUCUGAGAGGGACGACGGGCUCUGAAGAGAGCUUCACCAGUGGUGUAGGGAGUGCACUGGAACAUGCAGUGAUCACAUGGCACAUUGUUCUGCUGGGAUCACGAUCAGCAGUUUGAAGGCACCGGUUACGCCACUGGUCUUGAUCCUCGGAGUUAAAAGACUGGCUUCUUUAACAUUUGCACACUAACUUUUAUCUGCAGGUCAUGUGAGAGUGCACACUCCACAGUGACCUGGAUCCCGUUUUUGUGAUUGUACAUACCUCUCUAUGCAUGUCCAGCUGGAUUCUGGCCUGCCAAAGAAACAACUACUGAACGUACUUAUUGCCUGUAUAUUAUGCAGUUGACUGCAUGCAAAUGGAAUUUAAAGAGAACUGACAUUUUAUUAGCUACACUGUACAUAUAAAUAUUUUUCAUUGAUAAUUUACUAUGUGGACAUUCAGGGUUUGCAUACUGGUAGCACUAUAAACGUUGAAUAACAAAAUGGUUUACUGGCAAAGGGAUUGUGCAUGGAUUAUUUAUAAAUAGAGAAAUGGAAAGGGAUGGAGGGGUUUUCCUUUGCCUGUGAGAUGAAAAGUUUGAUUCUGCUCUCGCCCUCUAAGAACACAGAUUCCCAAAUGUGAUGAAGAAGCAUCACUUAACACAUGAAGGGGAUUUUCUGGUAUGUUUUUAUAUUAAUUAUCAAUUUUGCUUCUUAUAAUAUUAAUAAUAAUAAUAAUAAUAAUAAUAAUAAUUUCUAUUUUUGAUGACUAAAAUGUCCUUGGCCUCAGUUUGAUGUCGGGUAAACACUUAAAUGGUUAUUUUGUUAGAAUCGUCCUUGUGUCUAUGCAUCGCUCGGGUACGCCGCUAGAAUAUACUGAUUAUACCUUUUUACCAUGAAGGAUGUUUCUUCUCUUUCUUUGUUCCAUUCCUCUGCAUGAAUCAGGGAUGGCAGAAUGCACUUUGGGUAAAGCUCGGUCGACAAGGACGCUUUGGGGAAAUAACACGGAGUUUAGUUCACGUAAAGGUUCACUCUCAGCACAGUGACAUGUAAUCCCACAGCCCCAGCGCCACACACGUCUUAACCAGCGAGCGUCGCACUGAAGCCCGCUCUGAAUUCCACUAACGACAGCAGCUUCGCAUCAAAAAGCUCGAAAUACUGUACUUUUUAUGAUAUCUGUUUUCUAAAUCUGCAUGCAAAGGAGCAGUUUUAUGCUCCAGAGUGCAUCUAUAUAUAUAUAUAUAUAUAUACACAUAUAUAUAAAUAUAUAUUUGUGUGUGUGUGUGUGUGUGUGCAAGAGCUGACACACACUUCAUGCACACACAUGCACAGUGCGCUGGCGUCUCUUGACGUGAACCCUGACGGCCCAGAGACACUUUGUCUUCACAGAAAGGCAGAUCAGUCGGUUUUGUCAGAAGUCAAGGUUUUUCAGGUGUCGUGAGAUUCAGACGCCUCGCCCUGCAGCGCAGCAGCACACACACACACACACACACACACACACACACACACACACACACACACACACACACACACACACACACACGGAGGAUCAUAUUUAAAAUGGCAGAUUAUUGAGAAUAAGGCAGAUGGAGGGUAGCCAUCAUGGAAGCUUGAAAUAGUUUUAAUGACUAGAUUCAUGUCAUUAAUGUUUAUUAUCCACAAUGUGAGUGAGCGGACAGGUGACAGAAAAGGGUCAGUGACUCCUGACAUGCCUUCAGGUGGCUGUGUUAGCGUUUGUCAUUAGCUCUUUGAUAAACUAACAGCUUGUUGGACUUCUUCUCUCGUCUGUAUUAGACAGUCAGCAGUAGAGAGAUGACAGACGAGGAGGGGAGAGAGACGGGCAUGGUCCCCUAACGGACGCAAAUCAAGGAUGUUGCUGUUCACGGUCAGCUGGUGAUGCAAAUCAGACAUUUAAAAGAUGAAGGGGAUCAGAUAUUUCUGCUUACCUUUCAGUCUAAUGCCAGGAGCAGAGUGCAGAAAUGGCCCCAAUAGAUUUAAUCUGUGUCAUACUGAAGUGUGUCAAUACUUCAAAUGCCCCCGAUAGAAGACGAGUAUAUCAGAAUAUAUUUGCCCUCUUUAACUAGUUUCACAGCCUCUGCGAUGUCCUGCAUGACAAUGGAUGCCAGGGAUGUUGACAUCCCUGAUCCAGGAAGUCUAUACGCCGAGAUAUGCUGCAAAGAAUGAUUGAUUUAUGCUAAGUGUACUCCUGCAGAGGACACGUCUAUGUGCACAAAUAUUUACUAUUCUAAAUGGUCACACUUGGAAGGUGGGGCAAAAAGCCCCAGAGAGAGAGAGGAGGGGCACGCCAUCAAUCGUACAAAUAAACGUGCAAACUCCAGUCAGUUGUUCCUGUGUGAAGAAUAAAACAAAUAUAGUGAGAGAGAAGUUAAAACCCCGCCUGCCUUCUCAUCUCUGCGUUUGAAUCAUGGCGUCCCCUCGACCCUGGCUGCACGUCAUGCAGGCCUAAAGUUAACCUAUCUCCAAUCUAAGGCGUCAUGAUCACAUAAUCUCUCACUGUGAGCGUUUCCAAAGAGAAACAUUGUGUAUUCUGAUCCCAGUAUACAGUAGAUGGAUGUGAAGAGAGAGAAUAAAAAAGUAUCUGGCUCUCAAAACUUCCCACCAAACCAUUUACUGCUCUGGAAUUUAAACAUCUAUUUUCCUUCAAGUCCAUCAUGAUUCAGAUUUGUCUCUCCGCUAUCAUCGGACUGGAAAAGGAUGAAGAUUAAUAACUUUGUAAUGCUAAUUGGCAUAAAAUCACACCAGCUGAAGAUGAGAUUAGACACGAGAGUGCUGUCGCUAUAUGCUAAUCAGGUUUUGCUUUUGGAACAUUCUUUGAAAGAAUACAGUUUUAAUGGCUUCCGCUGUGCCGCUUUAUUUAAAUGUGCGUUUCAUCCCGUGCACAUGAGCCUGUUUUCUGUACCAGCCUGCUUUUUACAUUUCCACUUGUUCUCUGUGCUGUUGGCCACUGAGCGGAUCCCCUGCAAGAAUCAGGGGCAAGUGCCUUGCUCAGUGACACGGCAGCAGCAGCGGUUUCAGGCCACCUGGCCUCCGACCAUGAAUGCUGAAAUUGAGCUAUUAGAGGAUUUCGAUGAUGGCUACCACUGUACCCGUGUAGAGCGGCACAUACAUUCCAGUAUGCUUCGUAUCUCUUUAUCUAACAGACAUGUCACUCUUAUGGAAUAUCACGCAAAGCUAUGCAACAGUUGAUUCUCUUACAGCUGUGAAGACGCUGAUUCUGAUGGACCUUUAUCGUCAUAUAGCAUAUAGUCUCAAUAGAUUGCAAAUAUAUCUGUCUGAGGGAUGGGGCAUCUGUUUGCAUGUGUACAUAAGAUGUUAGUUAUUUAUAUCCAACAACCAAACAUGACACCUACACUUAGCAAAUGAUGGGAAACAGUCAGAGGCUGAACCGGGAUGACUCAGACUUUUCAUGGGUCAAACUCUGGAGCUCCGAAACGAAUGACCAACUUCCCGUUAGCUUCACUCAGAUUUUAGAUUUAUGCCAACAUGCUAAUUUGCUAACAACCUGCUAAAUAUCCAAGUUCAUAUAGAAAGUUAACAGGCUUUGAAU